AUGUUCUCUUCUGCUCUUCUCUCGCUGGGCCUGGUCGUCCUGCCGUUCGUGGCCGCUCAGACGGUUCAUGAUGUAACUGUCGGCGGCGCCGAUGGUAGCUUAAAGUUCAAUCCAGAGGCAAUCUUCGCAAACCCAGGUGACCAAGUGGUGUUCCACUUCCAGCAGAAGAACCACACCGUCACCCAGUCCUCAUUUGCCAAUCCCUGUGGACCCAAGGAGGGCGGUUUCGAUUCGGGAUUCAUGCCCGUAGCUGCAGACGUAACCGAUAAUUUCCCCACGUACACUAUCACAGUCAACGACACAAACCCUAUCUGGGUUUACUGUGCCCAAGCCGCCAAUACUGCUAACUCCCACUGCGGCAAGGGAAUGGUUUUCGCGGUAAACUGUGGUGCCGAUGACGCCCCCAACUCGUUCACCAGCUUCAAGAACGCUGCUCUGGCCAUCGGCUCCAGUCUCGCAGCGGCGGCCACUUCCACCUCUGCGGCAGCCAGUGAAACCGCGUCCAACACCUGGACCGCUGCGUACGGGGGCGUCACUGUCCCUCCUGCUCCUAGCGGCAGCGUCGUGACCCAACCGAUAACUCUCGAGUCGUCGACCUGGACUACGGUUUACACGAGCUACCCCAACUCGCCCGCUCCUACUCCUGCUUCUGCGGAGGGCCAGGUGCACAAGGUUAUCGUGGGGGGUCCCGGCAAGCUCACGUUCGAUCCCCCUCGCGUGAGCGCGCAGCCCCGCGACACCAUUGUCUUCGAGUUCCACCAGAAGAACCAUACCGUUACCCAGUCGUCCUUCGCUGACCCUUGCCGUCGCCUCUCGGGCAACUCCACCGGCUUUGACUCGGGCUUCUUCCCCGUCAGCGACGACGCCACGGCCUUCCCCACCUGGAACCUUACUGUCAAUGACACGGCCCCCAUUUGGGCGUACUGUGCUCAGGCAAACCACUGCGGCGCCGGCAUGGUGUUCGCAGUCAACUCCGACGAGUCGUCGGGGCGCAACUUCACCGCGUUCCAGUCGCUGGCGAAGCAGCUCAAUGGAACGGCGUCCGCUGCUGCCAGUACCGCUUCUCCUUCCGCAACUGGGACGUCGGGCGCUGGUGCUCUCCAGGUCGGCGUCUUAAGCGCUUCGAUUCUCUUUUUUGGGUUUGUGGGUAGAUACCAGUAG